ACAUACUUUCUAACUGUAUGCCGAGGUGGCAACACUAAGAGCAUCCAUAUUUGUUUAGAGCUUUUCAUCUGUCUUGUUUUGUGUAUAUGACAUAUUCCCGCUUCAAGUGAUUUUUAUAAUUUUAUCCAAAUAAUAAGUAAUAAUCCUAUUUCAAAAAUGACGAUUGGAAAGAAUAAUAAAAUGCAACAACACAUAAAUUAUAGAGUACGAGUAAUAUUACAAGACUCUCGUACUUUUAUUGGAACUUUUAAAGCAUUCGACAAGCAUAUGAAUUUGAUAUUAGGAGAUUGCGAAGAAUUUAGAAAAAUUAAAUCCAAAAAUAGUAAAACUGCAGAUAGGGAAGAAAAGCGGACCCUUGGAUUUGUUCUACUUCGUGGAGAGAAUAUUGUUUCUCUUACUAUUGAAGGGCCACCACCCCCAGAAGAAGGAUUACCUCGCGUACCACUUCCUGGAGCCAUGGGUGGCCCUGGAGGCGGAAGAGCUGCUGGACGUGGAUCUGGGCCUGGAGGCGCUCCACCUGGCUUGCAAGGCCCUGCAAGAGGUGUUGGUGGACCAUCUCAACAACACAUGGCUCCGGGAUCAAGAGGUCAGUUGUCAGCACCACCACAAAUGCGCGGAGGCCCUAUGAUGGGUGGGCCACCACCAGGGAUGAUGGGUGCUCCACCAGGUAUGGGUCGCGGUGGGCCUGGAGGACGAGGGCCGCCUGGAAUGCGUCGCUAUUAAUUUUAACAAAUAAUUCGAGUUUUAAUUAUCAUAAUGUGGAAUAGUUUUAAGAUUAUUUUCAGUAAAGUCUGUGACAUAUUUUGUAAGCUGUUUGACUUUGUCAAUUUAAGAGUUUUGAUAGAUGUAAGUCCUGCAAGUCAAUAGGACAUCAGGGAUUUCCUGAAAUUAUUUGUCCCUAAUUAAAGAUCUAAAUGAAGUCAAGUAAGUAUGAUAUGAUGAGUGUUUGACAAUUAUUUGGUAGAAAGCACUCCCAGCUGUCAAGUAUAUUAAAGUAUCACUAUAUAUAAUGUAUUACCUGUGACAUUUUGCAUGUCCAGAACAUAUUGAUUAGGAUAAAAAAGCCAAGGUAUCUCCUUUUUUAUUCAAAUUAAUUACUAUGUAUAUGCUAAAUAAUAAUUGAUUUAGGCAUUAAGUCACCAAGAAACGACAACCUCAGUUGCACAUUACAAUAAUAGUAAUAAUGUGCAUUUUAUGCAGAGGGAGACUUUGUACAAAAGUUGAUUGCUUGGGUACCUCUGUCCCAUUUGUGUUUCAACCGUGAAGCAGUUGUAUUUGCAUGGCUGUGUUUUGGUUUGAAGGGUGGGAUAAGGCGUGAAUUUACUGGGUAUAGAGGAAUAACACCUGAGUCCUCAGGAAUAGCAACGCAUGGGGGGUAUCAUGGGCAAAAGGGUAUACUCUGUUAUUUCCAUGGUGUCUGUGUCUAUAGACGACAGUUGCCACUUUCCAUCAGGUGGGCUGUCAGCUUGUUUGCCAUUCUAAGUUCUA